AUGUCCUUGUCCUCUCCCAGACAACUAGCGGGAGAGAGGAGAGAGAAAGGAGUCAAGACCAUCCUUGGCGGCAGCUUGCUGCACCUGUCCCUCUCUCUGCAGAAACUUCCGGCAUGUAGGACUCAUGCGCUGCCUUCGCAUGAUGGCAGCAUCCUCCUUCGCUCGGUCGGGUUCAUGGAUCCGAAGAACUUCGAUGUCUCUUCUCUCCUGCGCCAACCAGACUACGACACCAGGCUUGCGAGCUCUGCCGUGAAAGAGCAGGAGGCAGAGGAUACCAAGUCCUUCGCCUUCGAUUAUCUCGAGAUGACGGGAGCUGUGGCUGAGCGACAUGCUCGGGUGGCGAAGCUGCACACGGAUAAUUUCCUGAGGAGUGAGGCAGAGAGAGACUGGGAGGACGAGCGAUCGAUGCUGGUGGCUGUUGACCUGGGUAGCCUAGACUUGCAGAAGCCGGAUAGCUUUGUGCUGCCGGCGUUUCAGCCGAUCGCAGGCUUCACGGAGCGAGAUCAGACAGCAGCAGAGGAGGGCAGCAGCCAUCAGCGAGGAGGCGAGAGGAGGAGACGUUGGGACGGGCGUCAGCAGCAGCUCUCGGAGGUAGUGAAGGCCAUCAACAGGAAGAAGUGGCGGGCCGAGAGCUUGUCCGAGCGAGACGAGCUGCAGCCGUUGAAGCUCCUAUCAAGGAUGACACGUGAUGGCUCUGAUGCCUCCUUCUCCUCCUCCAACCCGUCCUCACAGGGCUACAACACCAGCCUUGAGGAUCCUUACCUCUCUCUUACCAGCCCGGGCUACAGCCCAGCAGCACCUCUGGAAGGAUCACAAGGCCCCUCGGCGUCAUCGAGGUACCUCGCCGAUCUCUACCGCAUGCUACACGCGCUGGUGGCACGAGACAAGGGGACGAGGGGCUUCAUAUGCCUCAAGGACCAGGUCUCGAGAGACGCCUGGCUGCUCCGAGGAGCCCUCGAGUUUCUAUCUGCAGACUUCAAGGACCUGCUUCGAACGUCGCUGGACUGCUGGCAGGAAGGAGGGAAGAAGAAACUUGCCCAGCAGUUCGACGAGGAGGGUGAGAGCCCUGGCGCCUCCAAGACCGACCGCAUGCUGGUCAUCCAUCAUCUCCUCCGGUGGCACUCCAAGCAGAGAGACUCGCAGCUCGACGGCACGGAGGACGGCAAGUGUGUCCCCCUGUGGGCUGAAAUCUUCUUCCUCAUGCGAUGUGGGGCUGCAGACGCAGCCGCGAGCAUCUUGAACGACAACUCCCUCCAGCUGAGCUCCCCGCCGCAGAGGAGGCCGCAUGCUCACGCGAGCUCCUCGGAGCAUCAGGAGUUCGAGAGGGUGGUGAAACAGCUCUUCCGUCAGGCGCUGACGCAGUGGGCAGAGGGAGAGAAAGGAGACGAGGGUGUAGUCCAUCGACUUUCCUUCUCCCCCUCCUUCUGCAAGGGCGACUUCCUGUGGGCUUGCAACAUGCGGCUCACCCCGGAGAGCAGCAGCAUGAAGCGCUUCGGCGGGCUGGUUGAGUCAUUCUUGCGUCAGACGGAGAGCGACAAGUGGCAUAACGUGGUGGUGAGCCUGCUGAACGACUCCGAGAACAACCCGGGGGAGAUCCCGCGAAGCCACAAGGGAGAGAGCGAGUCAGCGAGGUUCAAGUGCGCCAUCAACGACCUCCCUCCUCUCUUCGACGACGUCACUGAAAGGCUCUGCGAUCACCUCCUCCUCGAUAAGGCUGCCGACCGCCUGGCUCCUUCCUUCUUCCUCUACUCCAACCGAUCCAACGGCAACCUCUUCCUCGAUACCGCCGUGGUGGCUCAGAAGACGCUGUGGCGGCUUGUGCAGGACAUGGUGUGGCGGCAGCUGGCGUUUGUCCGGCCUGAUCCCCAGUUAAAGCCCUUGGGCCGCAACCACUCGAAGCACAAGUCGCAGCUUCAUCCGCUGUCUCUAGAGCACUGCCAGACGGAGGGGGUGAAGGCAGUCGUGGAGGGAGUGAGCAAGUGGCAGGGAUGGACCUCGUUCAAGGUCUACGUCAAGGCCAUCACGUCGGGACAAAAUCUACCGGGAAUUCACCCGCAGAUUAAGACCAUCGUGACCUACAACCUUGUCCAGAUCCUCUUCCUCACCCUCCAGCUCGACAAGGGCCUCCUCGAGCUGUCCAAGCUCGGGGGCGAGCACGAAGUCGAGGCGGCGCACAUCGGCAUCGCCCUGCACUACUACGGGGCCCUCCAGGGCCUUGAGGAGCUGGAUUACUGCGGUCAGCGGGGGGAUGUGGGGGCGAAGAGGGACUCGAGGAGCCGAGCCGAGUCGUUUCUGCGAUGUCUGGUGUCGAAGAUGCUUCAUGGCUUCUUCCUCCUUCCGCCCUCCUCCCCCGCCAGCUUCCUCCUCCUCCUCCAGCGCGCCCUCCACUACUGCUACGUCUUCCAGGUCGAGCACUUCUGGGGAGGCGUUGACGUACAGAACCCUGAAGAAGGCGAGAGCUUGCAGGGGAAGGAGGAAAUGGCAGAGGAGUCAAGGCUCAACGAGAGCUGUCUCGCCCUGCUCACUCAGCUGUGCCUGCUCGCCCCCGUCCGGCCCCUCCAUGACGCGUUCAUGCUCGUGCUGGAGGAUCUUGCUCCUGCCUCCUCCUCUCCUCCGGUGAGGGCGCUGGGAGCCUCCGCAUCUUCAGCUGGUCGUCGGAGAAAGCUCUUGAUCGACCUCAUGUACGAGGCCAAAGUGAGAGCAGCGGAAGUGUGCUGCCUGCGAGGAGACCUGCUGCUGCACGACGCCGCACUUCUCUUCUACUGGGCUGAGCAGGAGGGGGGGCUAAAUGGAGGAGAAAAGAACUUCGAGAAGUUCCUGCUGACGAUGACGGCGCUGGUCGAUCAGUUUGCAGUAGAGGAAAGAUGCUCUUCGCGCAAGGCAAGAUCGCGAGUGAUGGACAUCGCAAGCCGGCUGGUCGAGGGCAUGUGGAGAUACGGGAGGGGAGGAUCAACGAACUUGUUGGAGGAGCAGGAGGAGGAGCAGGAGGGAGCAGGAGGGAGGAGGCAGGCUAGGGAAGUGAUGCAGUGGCUGCGCGUCAACGGGCAUGAAGAGAGAGCUCGGACGCUUCUGUCAGUCUUUCUCUACACGUGGCAGAGCGCCAAGGCCCAGGAGGUUUACGCGUCUGGGUUGGCACUGGAGGCUCUGAGAGAACUUCUCGACCUCUCGCUGUCUAGCAGGUCUCCAGCUGCUGGUCGAGCUCUUCAGUUUGCGCCCAAGAUACGAGAGCUUCUGCAAUGCCUGCAGGAGGGAAACCCCGAGCUGUCGGGCAAUAUCUCCUUCCUCCCCUGCCUUCAUCACGGGGUCAACGCAGAAAAGGCAAUCCUGCAGGUACAGAAGAUCGUUUCUAGCGAAUCUUUCAAGACGAGGGCCCUGGGCAACAAUUUGCCUGCGCAGAACCUCGUCGCUGAUUCCAUCCUCCUUGCCUUCCAGUGGCAAGACCCCCUUAUCCUCUCUCCCAUCCUCACGCUGUCCUGUCAGAUGUUUAGCCCCCCCAAGAGACACCUCUCCCAGGUUGAGGGGCUGGCCGACAUGAGCCAAGCAAGCAAGUGGGCGAGGACCAGCAAUGAAGGAGAGCAGUUGAACUCGGGAAUGCUGUCUGCACUCGUACUAGACGAGACUGAGCUGCUGCGAUCGGUCAAGUGGCACUUGGAGGAGCUGGAGAGAUGCGCCGAGCUGCUGGUCAAGAGAAAUUUGUGCGCCAACGAGCUCGUCGUGAGGAUGCGGACGAUGAAGCAGCAGCAGAGGGUGUGA